AUGCAGCGCUACAGUCUCCCGCAGUCAACGUACCAGACGCCCAGUGAAUAUUAUAGCCGAGAUACCUCCAGGAGUGGCUCGGGUUUGCGAAGUGAUGUAACGCCAUUUCAUUCUAAUGAUACGUACGGUGCUUAUACGACCGUAAGUCAAAUGCGUUACCAGUCACAGCAUCAGUACCGUCAGCACCACCGAGCAAGCAAUAGCAGUGGUAGUAGUUACCCGGCAGUUGGGACGGCUCCAGAACUAGAUGAAGAAGUGCAGUAUGCGCCACACUUGCUGGCAUACAGAACUAUCUACUUGCUUCAAGGCACUUUUAUGGGAAUGCUUGGCCCCGCGCUUGUCUUCUUCUCAACGUUAGCUCAAAAAAACUCGGGGAUAGCAGCGCCAGUCUACGGAUUUGGUCCCAUAUUCGCAGCACACGGAGGCGCAGCGCUUGUCAUGAGCUUCAUGAGCGACUUCGUGCUUACAUAUAUCAUGGAGAAAAAGUUCAUAAAGCAACUGAUUAUUGUGCUGUUGCUCUGCAGUGGGACAUGGUACGCGUGUCUUACACCUGUAGCUGCCGCCACAGGCAACGUAGGAGUUGGAAUGCUAUUCAUGGCCAAAGGGUUUUGGACAGCGCUCUUAAAUAUAACAUUGAAUCGCUGCUCCUUGUGGAUUGCUGGGGAAAAAGAUCAACGAAGGCGUAGCAUUGUUACAUCUAUGAAUAUCUAUUAUGGCCUUGGCUGCUUGCUUGGAGCAAUGGUUGCGCUACUGUUCACGAUACUGAAAAUCGAUCUUCAUUACGCAUUCUAUGGGCUGGCCAUCAUGUCAGGGCUCCCGGCCGCAUUAGUCGCAAUGUUGCCAAGCCCAAACAGUUAUUAUGGUCGCGAUGAGCACCAGACGCUGCUGUCUUUCGAAGACCCCACGCGUCGUGUACCUACUGUACCAAGCCCAAUUGUAGGUGGCGUCUUCUUGCAUGCCAAGCACAUCAGUGGCUCGAAAAAUUGUAAUCCUGACACAUACGACUCGAAGAACAAUUUUAUCAUUUUACUCGUGACCAUCUACGCAACUGUGCUUUUCGGUAUCCAGCUCGGCCUUGCUGCCUUUUUGUACGACUAUGUUGGCACAGUUCUUACGUACAAUACAAACUGGACAGAUACAGGUGUCCCGGACAAUGAAACAGAAAUCGAGCGAAAUAAGACAGUGUGGCAGUGCGCGGCAAUGGUGAUGUUUUGGGGGUCAUUAACUGUGUCUUAUAUUCUCCUCCCGGGGUUUUUGUUUCAUGAAAAAAAUCUUUACUCUAUUGUUAUAUGUGCCGUGGUAUGCGGAGUAAGUUCAUUCGGACUUUUAUUCGGAGCUCAAGCGGGUCUUAUUACUCUCACAAUCUGCCUUUUCUUGUUUACGUUUGCUUUGGCCCCGCUCUUUACCCUGAGUAUCCAUUGUUUGACGCGAGUAAUAAAUGAGCAGCUAAUCCGGCGUGUGUCGUCGCUCAUCGUAUUUGGAUGUGGAAUGGGGGAAGUAUUUAUACCAGUACUAAUGGGAUUUUUCAUGAGCGGGCAAAGCGGACAGACAAAUGGAGCCGUUGCUGUGAGCUACAUCACUUUCAUCCUUGCUAUCACAUUAGUAGGAGUUAGCGGGAUGUUGCUGUGGAUGGUCAAAGCACGGCUGAAAGAACUUCCAGAACCUUUUGACGAGCUAGAGGCCAAAAGUGAAACGAGUCGUAUGCUAGCAGCUCGUGCAGGCCAUCGUAUGCAGAAGAAUGACAAAUGCUGA